AUGUUUAUUGUUCACUUCUUUUAUGGUGGUCUUUUGAAGUCGUUGUCGAUUAUGUAUUCACCAUGGCAGGCUACGUUUAAUGUCAACAACGCCGAGGUCGCUGUUAUCUUCAGUGCUUUGGCUACAAGCAUGCAGUGUGGCGCCUUUACUUCCAAAUUCCUCCAAUCUUACGGGCAGAAAGUCCUCUUUCUCGCCUCUGUCAUCUCUUUCAUCGGCGCUAUUACUGCCUACCUUGCCAACACGCUUACAACUCUUUCCGUCGGAAUCGCCAUCUUAGGAUUUUCGCUUGGAAUCUUCCGGUCGAAGGAAGAAAAGAAAAACUCCGAGCCAGAUUCGAUCUGCGAAAUCUUCUCGUUCUCCGUCAUACUGUAUUGCAUCGCCAUGCUCUUGAAUUUCUCCGGAAAAACUGCGCAAUUUCCAUUCUUCGUCCCAUAUGCUGAAAGCAUCGGGCUGAGUGGUUACGAGCCAGCGAUGGUUGUUCUUUUGAUCAACGUUGUGGAUAUUUUUGCGAGGCCCAUAGGUGGGCAAAUUGCAAGUUUGAAAUUCGUUCAGAAAAGAGGUGGCUCAAUUCUCCCGAUCAUAUUCUUCAUCCUAAUGGCUGUCAUGAAUGCCCUGGCUCUUAUAACGAUUUCUGACUAUCUCUCUUACUGUAUUUGGGCGGCAAUUUAUGGCAUCAUUUAUGCUAUUCCAGUUCCAACCACGAUGUCCUGCAUCUGUGAGUUUACACACGUCAAGAAUAUGAACAACGUUCUCAGUAUAAACGCUAUGGUUGCGAUAGGCGGCAUGUUUUCGUUUCCAAUUUUGAACGGGAUGCUGAUCGACCACUUCGGGGACUUCCGCGUCACCUUCGUGAUCGCCGGCGCGUGUCUCUUCCUCAGCUCAAUGGCACUCAUCCUCGCCAGGCUUUUCAACAAGCGUACCCUCGAAAGUUAA